GCAACUCGAUGCUGAUGGUGAACCUGCUGGCCGUGGCGGGCGGCGGCCUGAUGGGCUUCUGCCGGCUGGCCGAGUCGGUGGAGAUGCUGAUCCUCGGCCGCCUGGUGAUCGGCGUCUUCUGCGGGCUGUGCACCGGCUUCGUGCCCAUGUACAUCGGCGAGGUGUCGCCCACGGCGCUGCGCGGCGCCUUCGGCACGCUCAACCAGCUGGGCAUCGUGGUGGGCAUCCUGGUGGCGCAGAUCCUGGGCCUGGACAUCCUGCUGGGCUCGGACGACCUGUGGCCGGUGCUUCUGGGCUUCACCAUCAUCCCGGCCGUGCUGCAGAGCAUCGCGCUGCCCUUCUGCCCCGAGAGCCCGCGGUUCCUGGUCAUUAACAAGAUGCGGGAAGAGCAGGCCAAGGACACACAGAACGUUUUCUAUUACUCCACAGGGAUCUUCAAAGAUGCUGGCGUCUCCCAGCCCAUCUACGCCACCAUCGGAGCGGGCGUGGUGAACACCAUCUUCACCGUAGUGUCUCUGUUUCUGGUGGAGAGGGUUGGAAGGCGGACGCUGCACAUGAUCGGCCUGGGCGGCAUGGCGGUGUGCUCUGUUCUCAUGACCGUUUCUCUGUUGAUGAAGGACAACUUCGAAGCCAUGAGCUUUAUCUGCAUCGCCGCCAUCUUGAUCUACGUGGCGUUCUUCGAGAUCGGGCCCGGCCCCAUCCCCUGGUUCAUUGUGGCCGAGCUCUUCAGUCAGGGACCCCGGCCCGCUGCUAUGGCCGUGGCCGGCUGCUCCAAUUGGACCUCCAACUUCCUGGUUGGCCUGCUCUUCCCGUCCGCUGCUUCCUUGAUGGGGCCCUACGUGUUCAUCGUCUUCGCCGCCUUCCUCGUGAUCUUCCUCAUCUUCACGUUUUUCAAAGUCCCCGAGACUCGAGGCAGGACUUUCGAAGAUAUCGCGCGAGUGUUUGAAGGCAGGCCCCAGAAAAACGAAGGGGAGGUGAACAGAGGUCAGGCCGGGAAAGAAGACACCACCGACGUCUGAGCCCGG